GUACGCGGCACCAAAUUAAAAUAAACAUAUUUUUUUUCUUUGAGCACCGGAAUCUCCCUUCCGACGCACUUGCCACGGCGGCCGGCGUCUGGUUGCCCCUUCGCCAAUGCGUGUGCUUCAUAAACCUUCCCCUUCCCCUUCUCCUUCUCCUUCCUCCUCUAUUAUAUCCAAGAAUUGAAAAUCUCCUUCAUCAAUACCUUGUUUCUCUUCAAAUUAGUUCACCAUGUCGGUAAGAACUGUCAAAGUCAGUAAUGUUUCUUUGGGAGCAACUGAGCGAGACCUCAAGGAGUUCUUCUCUUUUUCUGGUGAUAUUGAAUAUGUUGAAGUACAGAGUGAUAACGAGAGAUCUCAAAUUGCAUAUGUUACCUUCAAAGAUUCACAGGGUGCAGAAACUGCUGUUCUUCUUUCGGGAGCAACAAUAGUAGACCUCUCUGUCACCGUAACUCCAGAUCCAGAUUAUAAGCUUCCACCUGCAGCCUUAGAACCCUCAGCAAUGGAAAAUAAAACUCCUGGUGGUACUGAAUCUGCCUUCCGGAAGGCAGAGGAUGUGGUUUCUGGCAUGCUUGCUAAGGGCUAUAUCUUAGGCAAAGAUGCAGUCAACAAAGCAAAGACUUUGGAUGAGAAGCACCAAUUGACUUCAACAGCCUCAGCUAAAGUUAGUUCUUUUGACAAAAAAAUAGGCUUCACUGAGAAGAUCAGUGCUGGCACGACUAUUGUGGGUGACAAAGUAUGGGAAGUGGAUCAGAAAUUUCAGGUUUCAGAGAAAACUAAAUCAGCAUUUGCAGCAGCUGAACAAAAAGUCAGUAAUGCAGGAUCUGCUAUUAUGAGCAAUCGGUAUGUUUUUGCUGGGGCUUCUUGGGUGACUGGUGCUUUCAACAAGGUUGCAAAGGCAGCUGGGGAAGUUGGUCAGAAGGCAAAAGAGAAGGUAGGAAUGGCCGAAGAGGAGCAAAAGAGAAAAAUGGUGGAUGACUUUGCACAGGUUCACCUAUCUGAGUCACCAAAAGCAUCUGCUGAAAGUGAACUACCAACUUCCAAGCCUGCAACUGUUCAAGGUUUAAUCCUUUGAUUCACUACUGUAAAUUUUCUCCCCAUUUCAAACUCUUGGAUUUGUCAUCUCUUGAUUACAUGGUGGAGGUCUUCCAGCUCAGAAAAGUGGUGAGUGUAGGACAGUUUACCAUUUUAGUUGGAUAUGACUGCAUGUAAUGUCUUUUUCUUUCUAAGAAUGUCAAUAGACGAGACCUUCAUAAUGAUAAAUGUGUUCUGCUGUUUUUAUUUGA